GUUGUUGUAUUCCUGUACCUUUAUAUCUUGAGGUGAUUUUCAUUAAAUGUCAUACCAAUAUCCUACUGCUAUUCCCACCACAAGUAGAAAUGAUUAAGUCUGUUGCUGGAUGAUAAACUGAUGCUCCUAUAAAUGCCACCAAGUCAAUGAAUUUGCUUUAGUUGAGACUAGCAAUAGAAUAUUGGUCUUUGGUGCUUUUAACGAGUGGUUCCCAAUCUUGGAUCCCCACAUGUUCGUGGACUAAAACUCCCAGAAAUCCUGGCCAAUAGAGCAAGAAGACACAUGAAGAAGGCUUCUGGGAGUUAUAGUCCAAGAACCCUUGAGUACGGGAACCACUACUUGAGAAGGAUAAGACCAAAACAACAAACUCAGAAAGUAAACAGCCCGAAAGAGCAAGGCUUUGCCUUCAGGAAAAAAAUGGUUGUAAACUUAUGGAGAUACUUGUAUAGAAAUAUCUUUCGAUUUUGGUUAAAAUGGAUCCUAAGACAGCUGACUGGAAAAUGUGAACUGCAGCGUAUCUGUGAUGGUUCAAGGAAAAAUGCAGAAAGAACACUGAACAUAGAAUACUCAUUGGAAUCAUCAAAGUAUAAGGCUCUACAAAAUGCUGUGAACGCUGCUGAAGAUGAAGUAGAAAAAUAUGUGAAACUCAUCAUACAAGAAAAGAAAAUCAAUAUACAAAAAGAUACAAGUUUUCCACCAAAGCUCCAGUUAUGUUUGCUCCAAAUAUCUGGCUGUAGGAAACUUUAUUUGGCUGUAGAAGAUCUGAGAAAAGAUCCAUAUAACUCAGACAAUAAAGAACAUGAGGAACAACUAAUGGAGCUUUGGAAUUUGUUGAUGCCACAUGAAAAACUGAAGGCUAGAAUCACGAAACAGUGGUGUGACAUUGGUUUCCAAGGUGAUGACCCUAAAACAGACUUCAGAGGAAUGGGCAUGCUUGGAUUAGCUAAUCUCCUCUAUUUUAGUAAACAUUAUCCACGUGAAGCUCGUCAGAUCCUUGUUCGUUCAAAUCAUCCAAAAUUAGGAUACUCCUAUGCAAUAGUUGGGAUCAAUUUGACAGAAAUGGCUUAUAGUUUAUUAAAGAACGGUUUUUUGAAAACUCAUUUCUACAACCUGGUUCCUGGUGCUCCAAAUCUGAAAGACUUCCAUCAGUUUUAUUGCUAUUUGGCUUAUGAAUUUGACAAAUUUUGGUUUGAAGAAAAACCAGAAAGCAUUAUGUAUUUCAAUCAAUACAGAGAGAGGUUUCAUCAAAAAGUCAAAAGACAUCUCCUGAAUUAUGAUGUUGUCCUUGCCUUAAAAAAUGAAAACAGUAAUGUGUAGCCCUUCGGGUUCUGCUCAUAAAAAUUAUGCACUUAACUGGAAUUCUCACAUUUAACCAAAAAUGUCAUUCCGUGAUCAAAGUUUUUAUACAUCUAUUUUUUUAAUUUAAAAUUCACUUGAAAGCUUGGACAAUCAACACUUAUUUAGGAAUGUACUGUAUUUGCUAAAGGUAUGAACUUUUUAAAAAUACAAUAGAUCCUCACUGGAUCACAGGACCUCACAACUUUUCACCAGGUGGAAGGUGUAAAUAAUCUGAGGCUACAUCAGUAUUAUCUAGCAAUAGUUUGUUUUUCAAAUUAGAUCUGUACUUAGUUUACAAGAAAUGUUGCAAUACUUCAUUAAUAGAUGUAGUUUUUGUUUUA